CUCCGGCGUGAGGGACGAGAGUAGGGAGGCUGUGGAGGUGCCUCGCUCUCACUACUCCCGGGAGAGAUUCACCCAAUUUCACUGUGUCGCCUCCUAGCGUGUUUUAUUAAGAGAUAAAGUGUCUGGAGGGGAGUUUUACGCCCAGUGUGAGCUCUAUGAACUCUGUAAGCCCAGGCUGGCUCUGGCCUACCACGGGCUGAAGCUGCUGCUGACCACCACUAAAUCGGGAGGCAGCAUAAUAAGCACCAGACCAGCAUGGACUCGUCUCGUGAUGCUUAGACACAGACAAUUAGUGACUUGCGGAAACAGACAAGGGUGCUGGGAAAGGUCGCUGCCGCCACAGAGAAGCUCAGGUGGCCGCACAGACCCCGACCCGCCCCGGCACCUCCCUAGCGUUGUGUGAAGUGUGCGAUGAGAUUAAUAACUAAACAUAAUAGCUAAACGCGUUGAAAAGGAAAAAAAAAACGUAAAGAAAGUCAAACAGUUACUCUCUUUCAUUAGUGAACUUAUUUCAUUAAGUUGUGGACGUGUUGCUUGACGCGUGACGUGACGUGACGUUACGUGACGGGAACAGUAACGUGCGACAAAUUACAGCCAACAAACAGGACCACGUCGAGGACUUCGACUCUCCCUUCUUGCUCACUUCGCUUCCAAAUAAAGAUAGUUUCCGAUGAGGAUCAAUACGCCAUCCACGCCGGCGGCCGCCACGCGCCUCCACACGCGAAGACACCACCACCACCACCGCCACCCCGCUGCCCACGGGGAGGGGGACGCACGCCGACACCACCACCACCACCACCACCACCAUCACAGCAACAACAAUCAUAACCACAACUAUCACCACCAUCAUCAUCACCAUCAUCACAAUCACUACCACCAAGAAGAGUUCCAUAAACCCUCCCCCUCCCCCACCCCCACCAGCUCAUGCUCCGCUCACACCCAUCAGCUGCUGCACCAGUCCCAGCACCACCACCACCACCAUCACCAUCAUCACCACCACCAACACCACCAACAACAGCAGCAGCACCUACAGCAGGACCAAUGGCAGGAAGCACAGGAGCCCGUCACCCCGCCCCCGCACCUCAUCCAUCACCCCAAUCAGUACCUGAGGAGACUGGGACCACAAGAUCCAAGGGAGAGAUUAAAAGAGGCAGCGUGUCCAUGGGGGGAACUGAGCCCACACCUUAAGCAGCAGCAGCACCACCGGAAGCAGCAGGAGCAAAGACACCUACAGCUCCACUCUCGUCUUCUGAAGCAGUUUCGCCCACUGCGGCUACUGUUGCUGGUGGCGGCGCUACUACAGGCAGGCGCUUUGGGUUGUCGCAUCUCAGAGUUCACAUGCGGCAACUUCGAGUGUGUUCCUGCUGAUGCUUACUGUGACGGCCAGCCAGACUGCUCGGACAGGACGGACGAGCCACGGGACUGCUCACCGUGUAAUCGAACUUUCUACGGGGACGUCGGGAGGAGCUACGAAGUGCAGGUACAGCGUCCGGUCAACAUGCUCACUACCUUCACCUGCCACCUCACCUUCGUGGCCGAGGGGAACCAGUACGGCGACAUUGUGCAGCUCAUUAUUCAAGACUUCAAGCUCGGGGACUUCUUCAGCUACAACAGUGGGUGUCCUCAGGGGUGGAUGCAGAUCAGCGAGCGAGACAGACCUUACACGGACGGCUACUGGUGCGGCAACGGGCAGGGCUUCAACGUGUAUUACAGUGAAACUUCAACCACCACACUCACACUCAAGAAAUUCAUCACUAUGGACUAUGUGCACUUUGAGGGCUUCCAUCAGUCACCCUUCAGCUUCCGUCUCACCUACAAGACAAUGAGGCGAAGUGAUGCGGUUCUGCGCUACGGAAACGCCACCACGCCCAAGGACCGCGGUCAGCUGCUGGAUGACUCGGUGUGCACGCGGCUCUUCCUCAACUGUGACGAACACUUGUGUUCCGUGCAGAGCCCAAAUUUUCCCGGCCUAUACCCCCGCCACGUCACCUGCAACUAUCUGAUACGUCAGACCCGCUACGUGCCGUACGCCCGCUCUCUCAUCACCAUCUAUCAAGACAACCCGCUCAGGUUCAACGUGAAGGCCACCUCCACCUUGCCUAACCAAGAGCCUUCUUCCCCUGGCUUGCAGAUCUGGGAUUCCUGUGAUCUGGUGCACGAUCACCUGCUGGUGUACGACGGCAACACCACGGAUUCACCGUUGUUCCUCAAGGUGUGUGGCUCAGGCCGUCUACCACCCAUCACCUCUACAGGGUCGGAAAUGCUCAUCAUAUUCAGCACCUCGCGCUUCGACGAGCCCACGCAAGAGACGCUCAUGCCUCGGACCUUUGGCUUCGAGCUCAACGUUGGAGUCACUUACCUCAACAUGGACUCCCCAAGGUUUGCCCGUAAUCACCAGUGUGUGUUCCACAUCUUCAGCGCCAACAAUUCCAGCGGAGAGGUGGAGUCUGUGGUGAACACGCAGCCACAGAAUUCGUCGUGCGUGUACUUAUUCCACGGCGAGGCGCACGAGGUGGUGUGGGUCCACUUCCGCAAGUACGAGAUAGCACCCAAGAUGGGCCAUUACUCCUACAACAUGACAGAGUGCAUCAAUCCACUUAGAAUAUACGACGGUAACUUCUUUGACACCACCACUCCGUAUGGCUCCCCGCAGCGCGCCAAACUUAUCCAAGAACACUGCACCAAGCGACCCCCGCCCAUGUGUGCCAGGGAGUAUCUACCCCCGAGGGCGGGUCACAUCGCCCCAGUGAAGGCAUGCACCAGGAACGAGAGUUACGUGGCAGAAGGGUCUAAACUGACUGUGGUGCAACAUUAUAACGAAUCCACUGCCGCCCUGGCCAUGGAUUUUGUCCUUCGAUACGAGUUCGUCAACACUCGGCCGGGUUACCGACCCACCAAUGGUAGUGAGUGUGACUUCGAAGCGAUCAGUGACGGUUACACCCUCCGUACAGGACGCGUCUUCUCUCCGAGGACCUCGGUGUUGUAUGGACGCUGGGGACGCCGGCGACUGUCUUGCCAAUAUCGUCUUACUGCACACGGAGACGAAGUGGUGCGGGUUACCAUUACUAAGUUCCACAGUGCUUCCCGUUCCUGUGUCACCACAACCAAUAACUUCACCGGAAGUUAUGACUGUGACAACCAUGCAGGCCAGAUGGCUUCCCUGGUUGUGUCUGAGUAUCCCUGGCAGGACAUUGAGGUGCCGCGCCUUUGUCUGUGCGACUAUUCCCUCAUCCCCAUCGAAUACGAGUCAAAAUCUAAGGAACUAAGGCUCAAGUUCGAGGUCAAUAAUAUGGAUGAAACUCAUGACUACUUUGACUUCAUGUUCGAAGCUCAGUAUGAGUUUGUGAAGAAAUCUUCAUGCAAGAAAGAACAACGACUUCAGGGAACCAACGGCGAGAUAGUGUUUCGAAAAGCCAACCUUACCGAGAACAAGCCCUGUGACAACUAUCCUUGGCUCCUGCAGACCUCUGAUGCCAACAAGUCUAUCUAUUUCAGAAUAAGAGGCUACGACCACAUUGACAAGAACUGCACUACAUCCACCCGCCUGCUUGUGUUCAAGGUCGGUCGUCUGAGGCCAGUCGGUGUCCUGUGUCCUGACCCGACAAGCGAGAAGGUCGUGGAGCUAUUCAGCUUUGCCUGGCAGGGAUCAGGGACACUGGUGGAACAGUCGACUGAUAAACUGGUACUGGAGGUUUCAGGACGGGAGGGCACACGAGAUCUGGGUCCCCACACACUCACCUGGCUGCAAGUGUCCCCGGCGCGACAGUAUGACUGGUCCUCUGAGGGUAUCGUGCGUGGCUGCCAGGAGGAGUGCCCCGAGCUGGGUGUGUGCAUCAGCGAGGACUUGUGGUGUGACGGAGUGCACCACUGUCCCUCAGGCCAUGACGAGCUCAUCGCUCACUGCUUCUUCCUCUCGGUGCCCUGGGCCUACAUCGGGAUAGGCUCCACUCUUAGCGUUAUUCUACUGGUGGUGGUGACAGUGUAUGGCGCGGCACGCCUGCGUGCCUCUGACAAGAAGACCCACCAGCACCAGCCCAUCCCUACCUUGCCCACCGCCUCAGAGUCUCUCUUCUCUUCUGACAAAGACGCGGCGGAACGUGACGGCGGCGUGACGUCCGCUUACAGCCUCGAUUACAGCGAGGUGGAUUACGUCACGACUUUAUGAGAACCACAGAGAUUAGCCACUUUCAACAAUACUUGCACAUUAGCUCGAGGCAAUCGCCAAUCCACCAGCACCACCCCUGCGCAGGAUGCACGCCAAUCUAGCUCCCGAAGAACGACAAGCCUCCCGCGCCCGCGACGGUCUAGGACCCGCCACACUCGGUCGGCCAGUGUUCACAACGACUACGACGACCGCUCCAUCUCGCUGCAGCUGUACGUCCCUCCCCCACCGGCGCCCUUCAGCAGGUCGCACCACUACACGCUGGCCGCCCUCAACACCCACCCACUGGCCGCCCUCAACACCCCAACUGGCCACCCGCGUCGGGCACAAUAGCAACGACCACAAAACAGUCCCCUGACGCCUCGCCACCGCGGGGAGACUGAUGACCGGACCGCUGGUGAUUGAGCAGGCACCAGUGUUUACUCUCCCCUCCCACCACCCUGAGGUCACCGAAGCUACUGGUGACCAGGGCAUGGGCGUGCGGGUGACACUGCCGCCCCAAGCACCAAGGUGUCGAAGCUACACCGGGUCCUUCCCUUAGCUGCGUGUUUGAUGUAAAUGUGUAAAUCGCUUUUCAACACCCUGGCACGCGGCUUUCUCCGUUCACCUUUCUUGCAAAUGUUUCUAUACAAUUUUAUUCGAUAAUUUUCUAAAACUUGUUAGAAAUAUGAGCCUAUAGCCGACACUCCACCUUAGCCGCUUUCUGUGUUACGAGACCAACAGUCGGUGUCCACGGAGCCGCGUGUUGAUUUCCUUGUCUGGACGUAGACGUAGUUGUGUCUGUUUUGUUGGGUUACUAGUCGUAGCCUCUGUCACUCACUCCGUUACUCAAAGCUGUGAAAAAUCUAAUCUAAAAAUCUUUCAAUCACACCAUAGAUGAAGAACAAACAGAAAAGAUCAUUAAUUCUCUAAUGUAUCAGGAUUAUAUAAGACCAAUAAAGUAAUAUGUACGCAAAUCCUUCCCGUCUAACCUUCCCCAUCCUCCUCUUUAACCCAUCCCUUCCCCUACACCUUCGUCACCCUUCCUCCUCGUCCUCCACCUCCUCCUAGUCCUCGUCCUCGUCACAGCCCAUCGACAAGACAAAUCAUGCACCCUCUAAGUUGUAGGUGAAAUAGUGAUGUAGCGACGGUGAUAGACGUGUGAGAAAUAUAAGAAAGAGAGAGAGAAAGAGAGAGAGAGAGAGAGAGAGAGAGAGAGAGAGAGAGAGAGAGAGAGAGAGAGAGAGUGAAAGAAAGAAAUAGAGAACGGAACUACUGCCAAAGACUCCGUGUAAAUAUCAAACAAGUAUUUUUAAAGACUGGUAGAUACUAUACUAAAUAAUCGUUGCUUGGACACGAAUCACAUGUACAUAAUGCACAUUACCUGACAUUUCUACCACGUUUCUUAAGUGUGUACAGAGAGUUCGUGAGUUCCGAGGUGUUUGUAUGUAAGUAAGGUGUGCUCUGUUCUCUACAUAGUUAUUUGUGAUGAGAUAAAAAAAAAAUAAUAAAAAAGAUAAAAAAUUCUACUUUAAAAAUAUCUAACAAAAAACAUUAUAUAUAAUUAUUCUAGUCCAACUGAAGAUUAUUGUUCUAUUCAGAGAUUAUAUUCACUGAUUGUUAUAGUAAGUGUGCGUGAUGAGUCCUGAGAGAGAGAGAGAGAGAGAGAGAGAGAGAGAGAGAGAGAGAGAGAGAGAGAGACAUGGUUGGAGAGACAAUUUAAUAACUGUACAGCGGUGUUAAGAGAGAGAGACCCACAUAUUACUGUUUCAGAAGUCUAUGCUGCCAUCUUGUACAUACUGUAAUAAAAGUUUCCAAAUGAA